AUGCCUAUUGAUCCUCAUAUGAAAAGGCCCACCGAAAAUAAUUCAUUUUUAAAAUCAAUAGCUAACAGCCGAGGGUGGGGGAGUCCUGACAUUUUUAGUGUGAGAGGAUCUGUUAUUGUUGCAAUUAUACCAAUUGUUUUCUUUUCAACAAUUAUUUCUACUGUCGUAACUGUUUUGUAUAUUAUUUUUGAUAAAAAAAAUAUCACGUUAUCUAAUGACAUAAUUGGAUCUAUUGCUGUUGUCGUUGGUCUUUUAUUAGGUUUUCGUACAAACAAUGCUUACGACAGAUAUUAUGAAGGAAGAAGACUUUUUGGUAGUUUAUGUAAUCAAGUUCGUAAUGUUUCUCGUCUUACUUGGACUGGUGUUAAAGAAAUUCAAAAUCCUCAUGAUCAUAAUGAAAAAAUUGCUACUAUUAAGAUGUUAUUAGCAUUUCCUGUAGCAGUCAAACAUCAUUUGAGAUUGGAAUUUGGUACAGAAUGGUCUGAUUUGGAAGAUCUCCUUCCUGUAAAAUUUCAAAAGACAAUAUUUGAUGGAAAUGCAGGACAAGAAAAUACAGAUUUAGGAGCUGGAGGUGAAGAAGAUCCUAAUCGUCGUGACUUGCCACCAAAUGAAACAAUUAUAUACAAUAGAGUUAAUGAUCGUGACCCGGAUGCAAGCAUGAGUUUACCCUUGGAAAUAGUUUUUUAUUUGGAUGCAUAUUACGAUAGACAAGUUCUUGAUGAUAAUAAAGAAAAAAAAAUUAGUGGGUCCACAUAUGGUGCUGCAUCUGGUUCUUUAAAUACUUUAGUUGAUCUUUUUGGUAAUUUAGAAAGAAUUAGCAACACCCCAAUUCCAUUUGCUUAUAGAAUUCACUUGAAACAAGCUGUAACCAUUUAUGUUUGGGUUCUUCCAUUCACUCUUGUUGAAACACUUCUUUGGCUUACAAUUCCAAUUGUUAUGUUGAUUGCUUUUAUUCUCUUUGGUGUUGAAGCUAUUGGAUCCGAGAUUGAAAACCCAUUUGGUUAUGAUAAAAAUGACUUACCAUUAGACGAAUAUUGCAGGGAUUUGGAAGCGGAAAUUCAAUAUGUGCAAAAAUACUUUCCAUCAAACGCCAAAUAA